UGCUAAAAAUGCACACACAGUGAAAGUUCAUGAAAGUAAGUCAGUUAGUGAUGAACGAUUACCAGAGUCCCAUUAUGUACAAGUAGUAUAUUGGAAUACUGCGAAUGAGUCUGAAACUGGCUUUGUGGACAUAAACAAACCUGAGGUAAUCAUGCGAUUGACCAAGGACCGAAUAAGUGUUCUUGACGUAAAUAAGGAAAUCCCAUUCCAAGAUC